CCGUGUGCAUGGAGUCGGCGUGAGGCUCUUUCCUCAUGUUUUCUCAUAUUCCUCACAUUCGAGUUCAUAUUUUGCGCUUUAGUUUUCUGAAUUUGAGCCUGUAAAGCCGCCAGGAUGGUGAAGGAGCAGUUUAGGGAGACGGAUGUGGCCAAAAAGAUAAGCCACAUCUGUUUCGGUAUGAAGUCGGCAGAGCAGAUGCGUCAGCAGGCUCAUAUACAGGUGGUCAGUAAGAACCUGUAUAGCCAGGACACCAGCCACACACCACUGGCCUACGGAGUGCUGGACCACCGCAUGGGCACCAGUGAGAAGGACCGGCCCUGUGAGACCUGCGGGAAGAACUUAGCUGACUGUCUUGGUCACUAUGGUUACCUGGACCUGGAGCUGCCCUGCUUCCAUAUCGGCUACUUCAAAGCCACCAUUGGCAUCCUGCAGAUGAUCUGUAAGACGUGUUCUCGGAUUAUGCUGAGUAAGGAGGAGAGGCAGCAGUUUCUGGAUUAUCUGCGCCGACCUGGACUCGCCUACCUGCAGAAACGCGGCCUGAAGAAGAAAAUAUCUGACAAGUGCAGGAAGAGAACCGUCUGCUUAUACUGCAACGCCUUCAACGGUCCGGUAAAGAAGUGUGGCUUACUGAAGAUCAUCCAUGAAAAGUAUAAGACGACUAAAAAGGUCGUGGACCCCAUCGUCUCCGACUUCCUGCAGUCCUUCGACAUCGCCGUCGAACACAACAAGGAGGUGGAGUCUCUGCUGAGCAGGGCACAGGAGAACCUGAACCCUCUGGUGGUUCUGAAUCUUUUCCGGAGGAUUCCUAAUGAGGAUGUUCCUCUGCUCCUGAUGAACCCUGAGGCAGGUAAACCUGCCGACCUCAUUCUGACCCGCCUCCUCGUCCCGCCUCUCUGCAUCCGCCCUUCUGUCGUCAGCGACCUCAAGUCAGGCACCAACGAGGACGACCUCACCAUGAAGCUCACGGAGAUCAUCUUCCUCAACGACGUCAUUAAAAAGCACCGUAUGUCCGGGGCUAAGACUCAGAUGAUUAUGGAGGACUGGGAUUUCCUCCAGCUGCAGUGCGCCCUCUACAUCAACAGCGAGCUGUCCGGCAUCCCCCUCAACAUGGCGCCCAAGAAGUGGACGCGAGGCUUCGUACAGAGGCUGAAGGGGAAACAAGGUCGUUUCCGUGGUAACCUGUCCGGAAAGAGAGUAGAUUUCUCCGGACGAACGGUCAUCUCUCCUGACCCAAACCUGAGGAUCGACGAGGUGGCUGUACCGGUUCACGUGGCCAAAAUUCUCACCUACCCAGAGAAGGUGAACAAAGCCAACAUCGAGCUGAUGAGGAAGCUGGUGAAGAACGGUCCGGAUGUUCAUCCAGGAGCUAACUUCAUCCAGCAGAGGCACAUGCAGAUGAAGAGGUUUCUGAAGUACGGUAACCGAGAGAAGAUGGCUCAGGAGCUGAAGCUGGGCGAUGUGGUGGAGAGACACAUGAUCGACGGAGACAUCGUGCUGUUCAACAGGCAGCCUUCACUGCACAAACUCAGCAUCAUGGCACACAUCGCUCGAGUGAAGCCCCACAGAACGUUCCGCUUUAACGAGUGCGUGUGUACGCCGUAUAACGCUGACUUUGACGGAGAUGAAAUGAAUCUUCACCUGCCGCAGACGGAGGAGGCCAAGGCUGAGGCGCUCGUCCUCAUGGGGACAAAGGCUAACCUGGUGACCCCGAGGAACGGAGAGCCUCUGAUCGCUGCUAUUCAGGAUUUUCUGACAGGUGCGUAUCUGCUCACUCUGAAGGACACGUUCUUCGACCGAGCCAAAGCCUGCCAGAUCAUCGCCUCCAUUCUGGUGGGCAAAGAUGAAAAAGUCAAAGUCUGUCUCCCUCACCCAGCUAUCAUCAAGCCCAUGUGUCUGUGGACGGGUAAACAGAUUUUCAGUCUGAUUCUGAAGCCCAGCAAGAGCUGUCCAGUUAAAGCCAACCUGAGGACCAAAGGAAAACAGUACUGUGGAAAAGGAGAGGACCUGUGCCCCAAUGACUCCUUUGUGGUGAUACAGAACAGUGAGCUGCUGUGUGGCAGUAUGGAUAAAGGAACUCUGGGUUCUGGAUCUAAGAAUAAUAUUUUCUACAUCCUGCUGAGGGACUGGGGGCAGCUGGAGGCAGCCAACGCCAUGAGCCGCCUCGCCAGACUCGCACCUGUUUACCUGUCUAACCGUGGUUUCUCCAUUGGUAUUGGUGAUGUAACUCCUGGUCAGGGCCUACUGAAGGCCAAGCAGGAGCUGCUGGACGCCGGCUAUAAGAAAUGUGAUGAAUACAUCGAGGCUCUAAACACAGGAAAACUACAGCAACAGCCAGGCUGCACUGCUGAGGAGACACUGGAGGCGCUGAUCCUGAAGGAGCUGUCGGUGAUCAGAGACCACGCUGGCAGCGCCUGUUUGCGGGAGCUGGAUAAGAGUAACAGCCCACUCAUCAUGGCCCUCUGCGGAUCUAAAGGUUCCUUCAUUAAUAUUUCUCAGAUGAUAGCGUGUGUGGGUCAGCAGGCCAUCAGCGGUUCUCGUGUUCCGGACGGUUUUGAGAACCGCUCGCUGCCGCACUUCGAGAAACACUCUAAACUCCCCGCUGCUAAAGGUUUUGUAGCAGACAGUUUUUAUUCCGGUUUGACUCCCACCGAGUUUUUCUUCCACACUAUGGCCGGCAGAGAGGGGCUGGUGGACACGGCCGUCAAAACGGCAGAGACCGGAUACAUGCAGAGGCGUCUGGUGAAGUCUCUGGAGGAUCUGUGCUCUCAGUAUGACCUCACCGUCCGCAGCUCCACUGGAGACAUCAUCCAGUUCAUCUACGGAGGAGACGGCCUCGACCCCGCGGCCAUGGAGGGCAAAGACGAGCCGCUGGAGUUCAAGAGGGUGUUGGACAACAUCAGAGCGGUCUACACGUGUCCUACUGAACCUGCUCUGAGUAAGAACGAGUUGGUGAUGACAGCAGACUCCAUCAUGAAGAGGAGCGACUUUGCAUGCUGCAGGGACACCUUUCUCCAGGCUUUGACUGACACUGGCUCUCAGAAGUAUAUGAAGGAGAUUAAGAAGUUCAUCAGUGGAGUCUCGGAGAAAAUCAAGAAGACCAGAGACAAGUACGGCAUAAACGAUAACGGGUCGACAGAGCCUAAAGUUCUGUACCAGCUGGACAGGAUCACUCCAACUCAGCUGGAGAAAUUUCUGGAAACCUGCAGGGACAAAUACAUGAGGGCCCAGAUGGAGCCGGGCUCGGCCGUCGGCGCUCUGUGUGCUCAGAGUAUCGGAGAGCCGGGCACUCAGAUGACCCUGAAGACGUUCCACUUCGCUGGUGUCGCCUCCAUGAACAUCACCCUGGGGGUCCCCCGUAUCAAGGAGAUCAUCAACGCAUCCAAAAACAUCAGUACUCCUAUCAUCACUGCUCACCUGGAUACGGAGAAUGAUGCUGAUUUUGCUCGGCUGGUGAAGGGAAGGAUCGAGAAGACGCUCCUGGGAGAGAUUUCCGAGUAUAUAGAUGAAGUGUUUCUGCCUGAUGACUGUUUCAUUCUGGUGAAGCUUUCACUGGAGAGGAUCCGCCUUCUCAGAUUGGAGGUGAACGCAGAGACAGUGCGGUAUUCUAUCUGUAUGUCGAAGCUGAGGGUGAAGCCGGGUGAUAUAGCGGUCCAUGGUGAAGCGGUGGUCUGCGUGUCUCCCAGAGAGAACAGUAAAAGCUCCAUGUACUACGUUCUCCAGUGGCUCAAACAGGAGCUGCCCAAGGUGGUUGUUCAGGGCAUUCCUGAGGUCGCUCGCGCGGUGAUCCACAUUGAUGAACAGAGCGGCCGGCAGAAGUUCAAACUGCUGGUGGAGGGAGACAACCUGCGCGCUGUCAUGGCAACACACGGUGUCAACGGCAACCGAACGACAUCCAACAACACAUAUGAGGUGGAGAAGACAUUAGGCAUCGAGGCUGCACGGACAACCAUCAUUAAUGAGAUCCAGUACACUAUGGUCAAUCACGGCAUGAGCAUCGACCGCCGCCAUGUCAUGCUGCUGGCCGACCUCAUGUCCUAUAAGGGGGAGAUCCUGGGUAUCACCCGUUUCGGCCUGGCUAAGAUGAAGGAGAGCGUUCUGAUGCUGGCGUCGUUUGAGAAGACGGCGGAUCAUCUGUUCGAUGCGGCGUAUUUUGGACAGAAAGACUCUGUGUGUGGUGUAUCUGAGUGUAUUAUAAUGGGCAUUCCAAUGAACAUUGGCACUGGGACUGUUUAAACUCCUACACAGAGCAGAUAAAGACCCCGCGCCCCCCCGGAGACCCCUGCUCUUCAACAGUGCUGACUUCCACCUCCCGCUGGCCUUGUAGCCCGCAGUGCUCUUUAGCCUCGGCUGUUUUUUUUGGACUGUUUGUUUCCCGUUUUUAACCAUUUGAGUUCUGCUGUGUGAGUUUACAGUCGAGUCCCAGUCAAAGUAUUGAGGGCGUGUUAAAUUAAGAGUAUGUAAGAUAUACGUACAUAUUGUACAUUUUUGUUUUUGUUUUUUUCGCACAGUUUGGCAGCAUCGUUGCUGUUCCAAAACCUUUUGGAAGGUUUAAUCUAGAUGUCUUCAUUGUGUCAGCAGGGCUUUGGUUCUGCUUCACAGCUGACGCUGCGUUUUUGAACUCGCAUCUGUUAUCCUGAAAUAUCGCCGACACUUUUACUGAAAGGCCUUUGUAAGGAUGUUUAUAAACGUUUAUAAAGACUUAUUCCAACGAGUGUCAGUUCUCAUGAGACUUCUUAUGUGUAAUGAUCAUUAAACUUACCUUAAGCAGCCUUUAUGACCACUGACACUUGCUGGAAUAAGCCUUUAUUAAUGUUUAUGUCAGUCAUGAAAGGCUUAUGAAGGAGUCAUGCAGCCUUAUGAAUGCUGCCCUUCAGUGAAGUAUCAAACCAGUCAUGUUUUCUUCAUGGUUGGCUGGUGGAGUUGAUUGAUCUCAAACCUGGAGAGGUUUAAUUUAAUUUAAUAACAUUUUAUUGUUUUUUUUUGUUCUGAUUGCCUUAAACUACAUGCUUAAGAAUACAGAUGCUAAAUGGGUUCUUUGGACCAAAGCUACAGAACCCCUUUAGGCUCCCUAAAGAACCUUUCAGUGGAUGAGAUGAGCAGUGUUUUUAAAGUUUAAAGAACCAUCCGCAUACACUCUUGGCAAAAAAAGCGUUCUACAUAGUGCUGAAAAAGUGUUCUUUGACUCAUACCAGUAGUAGAACCCUUUUUUGGUGCUGUGUAGAACCAUUGAAAGGGGUUCUUUGAAGAACUUUGUAGAGCUGUGUUUUUUUUGUCAUAGAGAAGAACCGUUUUGCCAUGCAAAGAAAUCUAUAGUACCAUUGCCUUUAGUAAAGAACCCUUGAAGAACAAUUUUGAAGAAUGUGCUGUAAGGGUUCUAUGCCAGUUGAAGAGCUUGAUCCUUUAUAAUUGUGUUAUGACAUUCGUGCGUCUCAUUUACAGAAACAGUUCUGUAAUCAUCCAUUUAGGGAACCGACAUUGGUUCUUCUCCAAAGAACCUUUGGCUACUUUACUUUUAAGACUGUAAACCCGAGUGAGCUGCUGUGAACCAAGCCUGAGCUCAGAGCUUAUGUUCUGUGUAUAUAUGUAUUGAACGUUAAUAAAAAUGUGUA